UCUAGCUUGCGGUUUUAGAAAAUUUUUGCAAACCGAUAACUCUAAUAAAACUAAAUUUCGAAUAAGUAUUACUUGAAUAUGUAUAAAUGGCUAUUUAGUUACAACCGCAAACUGUAAUUUUUAUACCGUCUCGUAAUUCCGUAGCACAUAAUUAUUUUCCAUAGGCAUAUAUGUAGAUAAGUCUAUGCAGUUUAUGCAAAAUAUGUAUUGUAAGUAAAUAUGUAUAUGUGGUUUUCAUAAUGUCAAAUUCAAUAAAAAAUCAGGUAAAUUGACAAUAGUAACAUUUCGAUGAGUGGGCACCGCAUACGGCAUUGUAAAAAUAUCAAUGUAAAUUACGUUAAGACUGCAUACGAUUUUUUUGACGGAACUCAAAUUUUUCUAUAUUCGCUCGGUCAAUUUGCCUUGAAGAGGUUGUUCGCGAUCGCGUGUUCAGUGGCUUUACUAAGACACUCAUUGAGUUUGACACUCCGAAAACUACACAUUAUGAAGUGAGUCGCAAAAGUUACAACAAAUAUAUUUAGGUACUUGAGUACCGCACUUUAUUAACAAGAACUGCUUUACACGUUAAAUGCGGAUCAACUAAAUAAUACCAAAAAAGCCGAACUAGAGGUACUUUUCUUUAAUCGCCUAGAAAAGGUCGGUUCACAAUCAAUGUCCUUGCUUUUAAAUGCGCUCUCGAGGAUAAAUAAUUUUGAACCUUUCCGUAAUGCACCGUUAAAGUUUGCCGCUAUCUUAACGGAUGUUGAUGUGCAGCGUGAAAUUGUUGAAGAUAUAAUUGCCGAAAAUGAAACACUCUCUUAUGUAGAACAUAUAAAUUGGAUUAACUUCACUGAAUUUGGUUAUAAUAAGCCGAUUUAUAUAAAUCUAGUUCGUCAUCCAAUUGAAAAAGUAGUAAGCGCUUACUAUUAUAUACGUCAUCCGGCUGUUUUUGCAUUCUACGUGCAAAACGGACAUAAAAUGGAAGAUAAGGAAUAUUUCGAUACGAAUAUCAACGAUUGCAUAAGACAAAAGCGUAAAGAAUGUAUUUUCGACUCCCAUAAUCCAUACAAUGCAGAUUGGCGUAGACUUGCUAUGCAUUUUUGCGGCAAUAUAGAGAUAUGCAAGUAAGUGGAAGUUACCCAAAAAUGCAACCAAAACUCACUAACUCGGACUAUUGAUAGAUAAAGCUAAUCGAAUUUCCGAAAUUUUGUGAAAUUUACACAAAUGCAAUUACAAAUGGUUUUACGAAACAGGAUGAGGUAAACUUUCGGCUUAUAUGUUUGCUAUAUAGAAUUAAUGCUUGCUCGGGCUAUCGAGUUUUGGUUGUAUAUAAAAUGUAAUUUCUUUUUGAAGUAGUAACGUUGUUACUGACUUACGUUUUAUUCUUUACGUCAUUUUGUAUUGUAUUUAAGUAUUACGUUUAAAGAUUUUAAGCCACUGUAUAAAUAUUUAUACAUACAUGCACAGAAAAAAUUUAGCUUAAACAUUUAUAAAUUAACCCUUUAUCGGACAGAAGCGAGUAAGAAUUAGCACUAUAAAUAUCUUUUUAUGUGGAGUACUAAAAAUGUUUUGUACGUUUAUUAAAAGAGUUAGUUGAAUUUCAAUUAAAUUACAUUGCCUUUAAAGGGUUAUGAAAUUAGUCGUCUAUGCAAUAAGUAAAAGUAAAAAAGUUACUGCCAUAAACUCCCAUUAUAUUGCAGGCAAUUUAAUUCGCAGACUGCCACACAAAUAGCCAAACGUAACAUCGAAAGCGAAUAUGCUGUAGUCGGUUCAUGGGAGGACACAAAUAUAACAUUAACAGUUUUGGAACACUACGUACCGAGAUUUUUCCGAGCUGCGACUAAAGUGUUUUACAGUAGGUUUUUUACCCAUAUACAUAUAUGUUACCAUAGUUUUCUUAACAAUCGUACAAAAUAUGUUAGGGUGGGUAAAAAUAAAUAUAAUUUUUUAAAUUAUUUUCCCACACUGAUGUGAACGCUUAUUUCAGUGUGUUUGUUUUAUUUUGUUUCUAGAAGCAUGUCAAAUAUAAAAAUUUAUUUAUUUUAAAUUUAAAUUUUGGAUUUUCGAAAACCAUCAAUUUCUUGAGGAAAUAUAUUAGAGCUUCUUUUGAAAGUGAUUUUGUGAUAGAUCGAAGUCAAGUAAAAUAUCUUUUAUCGAAUUGUAAUGAAGAAAUUAAUAAUUUUCAAACAUGUUUUUGUCAUUCUAACUUUAGCGUGGGUUCAGUUUAUAGUAUUUUAUUUGACAGGUUUCUAGAUUCGAAUAAUAGCUGUUCUAGUGCAAAAGUGUUUGAGUACUCAUACUAAAAAGCGAAACAACUUUCUCUAAUAUCACCUUUAUCUGGACUAGGUGACCCAAAACGUUUUCACAAAAAUGCCACACCACACAAGAACGAAUUGGAUCCGGAUAUUGAAGAACAUUUGAAAGUACAAUUUUCUUUCGAAAUCGAAUUGUAUAAUUUUUGCAAGCAACGCCUGUAUAAGCAAUACAUUGCCAUUAAAAAGGAUGAAAUGAUGAGACAAUUCAAUUAGUCCUACACAUACAUAAUAAUUUAAUGGAACUUUCAUCAGUACAUAUAGAUGUACAAAUAAAAUGAGCUCAGGAUACCUGCGAAUGUGCAAAUUUAAAAUAAAUGUUACGAGUAUACGACAAUAAUAGAAGACUUCACAAAUUAUGAGUUACAUUGAAUAUUUUAUAAGUUUUGGUUGUAGCGUCUUAAAUUAUAAUAAAAAAAAUACCUGUGAACGCUUCUGUAUGGAUUAGAGAAGAAUCCUGAAACUAUUUUUAAUCUUUCAACAAGCGAAAAUAAAACAGUUAAUGAUUAAAAAGUCAAACUUACUGAUUGUUAUCCAGAACUAGAUGGCAUCAUCAGAUGUCGGGAAUAUAAAGAAAAAAUUAGUUAUAUAAGUAUUAUAAGAGCAACGGGUUUGCCAUCGUUGAAAAAAUAGAAUCCAACUAGCGAGAUUGUAUAACAAAAGAAUGACAAUAUGAUAUUUGCUUUGAUAUAAAGAACUUCUAAAAAAAAUGCAUAGACGCAUUCUUAAUGUCAAGUUGUUACUUUAAAUGUAAUCUUCACAAGUUUUGAAAAGUGCUUAUUUAAAAAUACCGAUUUUUUUUUUUAAUUUAACGGUUAGUACUUUUUGGACCUCCCUCAUAUGUACAUUUCCCAGUUAUGUUGCAAUUGCCUUUAGCAUUUGGUUUUUCGUCGCAUUAUUUUCCUUCUUUAACACCUACUUAACAAUUAUUUAAAUCCUAAUAUCUUUGAAUUAUUGGUGGCAGAAAAAAUGUUAAAUAAUAUCUGGGUUUCAAUAGUAUCAGAUUUUUAUCAUAAAUAUUUGAUCAAUUCGAGCAUAUUCAGAUUUCGAGAUUACUUUUCCUUCACUACAUUUUUAAAAUAAGAAGAAACAAUUUUUUCUAACUUUUGCACAAAUCAUUUCUCUCUUUAAAUGUGGGUAAUUUUCAUCCACUUACUGUUAAACUUUAUAUACCUACAAGCAUUUUCUAGUACUUGUGCGCCGCUUCAUCAUUCAUGAAAUAGCAAUAUUUGCAAAUAUACUUUCAUAUGUAUAUAUCAGAAAUAAUUCUUUUAAAACCACCGAAUCUCAAUGUUACUUCGCAGAUUUUCAGUUUGAAUACACACAAUUUGAAUAAUACUGUUAAGGCCGAUUUAGAUGUUAUUUUAUUCAAUCGUGUGCCCAAAACUGGGAGCAUACAGUUAAUAGAGCUAAUGCGCAAGUUGGGAAAAGUACACAACUUUGAGGUUGAGGUUGAUCCGCAUAAUGGCGGCAUACGUACCUUGCUCGACGAGUACGAAGAGCAAGAAUUAGUUGAUAAUAUUGCAAGCUUAGAGGAUGGCACUGUCUUUGUUAGUCAUGUGAAUUAUUUAAACUUUUCUAAAUACGGCGCAUCACGUCCAAUUUAUGUGAAUAUGGUGCGCGAUCCGGUGGAGCGGGUCAUUAGUUGGUACUAUUAUAUCAGAUCACCAUGGAUAUUUGUACCGAAUCGACGCAAAAGUAACAGAGAAAUGCCAAAUCCGAAAUGGGUGAAUACAGAGUUCGAUCAGUGCGUGCUGAGUGGAGAGAAAGUGUGCACGUACAUUGAAGGUUCGGCUAUGGAGCGAGUCGGAGAUCAUCGUCGGCAAAUAUUAUUCUUCUGCGGUCACAAUGAGCGCAAAUGCACUCCAUUUAAUACUAAAUUACCACUGCAAAUUGCUAUGCAAACGGUGGAGAGAGAAUACGCUGUGGUAGGCACAUGGGAGGACACGAAUGUGACAUUGAGUGUUUUGGAAAAUUACAUACCGUCUUAUUUCCGCGGCGCUAAAAAUAUGUAUUAUAUGGGUCUGGAUAAGAACAUCCGAAAUUAUAAUCCGAUGAAACCACACAUUAGUGAAGAUAUUAAAAAUAUGUUACGUAAAAACUUUACACGCGAGAUUGAAUUCUAUCAGUUCUGCCGCCAACGUCUACAUAAGCAGUAUAUAGCCCUUAAAUUGAAUGAACUUAAGCUAGUUGAUAAAGAUUUGCAGAAACCACGUGAUUUAGCCCCACGCGAACUUAAAAUAUAUUGAUAAAAAAACAUUAGAUUAGUUUUUGUUAAAAAAUUACCAUCUCAUAUUCGCAGAAUAAUUUAUAUCGGAAUUUUAUUUAAAACAAAUAAUGGCGUUUUUAUUUGGGUUUAUUCUAUUGCGGGUUGUUGAGAGGCAAAUUCAUUGCUGGGUUGCUGAAUAGCUAUCUUAUCUUAUUUUAACUAUUCUUUAUUUAAUAUUCGAGCAGUAUGUGAAAGCAAAGAGUCUAUAAUGAUUCAAUUUGAAAACACUGAAACUGGCAUGCGUAAAAUAUGUUUUCGACUUAGCAAUCCUUAACCAUUUGCUUGGCUCAACAUGGAAUUGGGAAGCUUGUGAAGAUACUUUGAUACUUCGUGGUCAUACUUUGCAGUUUAGAUCCGUAUUCACACCUGAUUUUGUUUUCCUCAAAAUGUAGGAGACAUUAGUUCGAAAAAAUUUACCCGCAUAUAUUUUAGAACUCAAAUCAUCCACUGGUCGAUCAAAUUGCGAUCAACAUUUUAUUUUUAAUAAUGGUCGCUUUGCAGGAUAUUUCAAAACUGUUUGGUGGCUCGAAUCGAAAGCGGACGUUUUAUAAACAAAUAAUUUUUAUUUCGGUUUGGAACUAUGUUCUUUGAAAAAAAAUAUUUGUUUACCAAAACGUACCUUAUGUUUAUAAAAAAGUCGAAUAAAUUCAACGUAUAUCUUAUUAGUAAGCUGAGAAAAAAUCGUAAACAUUAGGUCGGCAAGUGAUUUCUUAAUGAAAUACAUUUCUUCGUUACCGAAAUGUUUCAAGGAACUUUAUUCGAGCUUUGAAAUGUUGAAGACUCAUAACCUAAAAUUUUUCAUAUUGAGUCGAAAUGUAUCCAUGUUGUUAGACCAAUAAGGAAAUUACAUGCAUUUUUUAACCAUAUUCGACAAGGUGAAGUGUUCAUUUCUCCAGUCAUCACUGUUUUGCAAGGAAAUAUGAUUGGAAUCGUGAAAAUAGUGUUACCUAGUAAUAAUAAUCCGAAUUCGAGCGAAUUUAUAUAUUCUAUAUUCGAGUUAUAGAAUAAGAUAUAAUUUGAUAUUAAAUCAUAUAAAAAAAAUCGAGAGAAUAAAAAAAAUGUUUACAAUUCAAAACGGAAUUAAAAAAAAUGUUUAAAUACGUCUUAAACUAAAUUAUAAAUGAAAAUUUACUCUAAAGUUAAAUAUUAUGUUAAAGUUAUAUUAAGCUACUAUAAGCGUCUUAUUAAUUUAUUAUUGUAGAUAUCUUCAGAAUCUAAACUUUAGGACUUUUAUUAUAUUUUUCCUAUAACAAAAUUUCUCAUAACGGAAUUGGGUAUAUAAGAGUUUUCAAAAUAUCCUUUCAGUACUUUUUCACCUGUUCACUUCCUAUUGUCAUACAUAUGUACCGUAUAAAUGUAGUUACACUGCAGAUUUUUUAUUUUAUUACAAUAUUGAAUGGAUGAUUGUGCUGAGAUCGCAAAGAUAUACAGUUCUGCAAACAUUCUUCAACUUCAAAGAGUGUUCACAUUUUUAUCUAUAGUUAAAGAAAUUGAGUGCAGAACGUUUGAAUAACACGCGCAAAGCCGAGAUUGAUGUUAUCUUCUUCAAUCGCUGUGCCAAAGUUGGUAGCGAAUCGCUACUUGAACUUUUUAACAAAUUGGAGGGCUUCAACAACCUGGUUAUAGAGCGUGAAGGUCUGCAUAGACCUACCAAACGUCAAUUGAAGAAAUAUGAGCAGAUUCAAUUGGCCGAAACCAUAUCUGAGUUUGCUGAUGGUUCGGUGUAUAUAGAACAUGUAAAUUGGCUUGAUUUCGAAAAAUUCGAUUUGCCAAAACCGAUCUACAUAAAUUUAGUGCGUGAUCCAGUGGAGCGUGUAAUUAGUUGGUAUUUUUAUGCACGUGGUGCUUAUAAGAAUGCCAUUGAGUAUCGCAAGGAUCCCAAUAAACCAACAAGAUCAACGCACUGGUAUAAAAAGGAUUUCAAUAAAUGUGUGCGUAGCGGUGAUCCUGAGUGUCAAUAUGUGCCGUUUACAACCAAUGAUUUCACUGGAAAUUACAAAAGGCAAACGCUCUUUUUCUGUGGCCAUCAUGACGAUUGCAUGCCUUUCAAUUCACCGACCGCUGUACAGAUGGCGAAAGAGCAUGUCGAACGAGAUUAUGCGGUGGUUGGUUCUUGGGAGGACACCAAUAUAACGCUUACUGUUUUUGAGAAAUACAUACCACGUUUCUUCCAGGGCGCAAAAAUACUGUUUGAGAUACAUAAUGAUGAAAUAACAAACCGAAAUAAGAACAAGCGAAAGCCAAAAAUAGACGCAGAUGUCAAAGAAAUGAUACGUAAGAACUUCACCAACGAGUACGAUUUCUAUUACUUCUGCAAGCAACGUCUCUACAAACAAUAUUUGGCUGUGAACCUUAAAAACAUAGAGACCAUUGAAAGUUUGAAUUAAUAUUUGGAUUAAAUAAAUACAUAAAAAAAUUAAA